AUUUGACAUUGGGUUUGAUGGCUGAGUUUGAGACUCUCCCCAGUCUCCCCUGACACCCUUUUUAAUUUUGUUGUUAGAAUGGCAGAAAAUCUAAAAAGACGACCCAGGAAAGGGAUUUUAAAAAAUUCUAGUAGUUUCGACAAACAAGAUCCGCAGUUUAAUGCAAAAAAACAAAAGGAAACGAAAUGGGAUGAAAUGAAUAUAAUAGCUACGCUCCACCCUGCAGACAAGGAUUAUGGGCACAUGAAAAUUCAAGAGCCCAAAACACCCUUCAAUUAUAUGGAACAGGAUAAUAUAGAAGAACUAGAUGCCAGUGAAUUAGCUGAAAGGAUAAGGAUAGCAACUGAGCAGCCCCCCAAGGUGAUGCAACAAGACGAUUCUGAUGAUGAUUCAGAAGAGGAAUUAACAGACGAUCAGAAAAAGAAAAAGAAAGACUUUGAAUUGAAAAGAAAAAAGCACUAUAACGAGUUCCAUGCACUUCAACUGGCAAAAAAGUUAAUGGAAGAGGAGGAAGAUGACGAAGAUGAAGGAACGCAUCAUAAUAGCUCUGAUAAUCAACCUUCUUCAUCGUAAUAAGUAAUAAAUUAUUAUUACUAAAAUUUUAGUAGUAGGUUUUCCAUAUGUUGUGAUUAUAAUACAGAUUUAGAGAUGACUGCAGUAUAAAAAGUGAAUUCAGAGAUCAAAUUGUUUUAAUCCUAUGUUGGCAUUUACAAAUAUAAAUGUAACAACAUAUUUAUGAUCAAAAAUUAACAAAUUUCCAAAUAUUUAAAUAGUGAGCAGAUAAUUCUUUAUUUAUUCUUUAUACAAUCUUAGAUUUUUGUUUCUAUAUGGUAUCAUUUGUUUAUUUUAAAACUAUGGUCGAUGUGUUUACAUUUUUAAAGUAGAGUUCAGCAGAACCCACAUUAUCCAUGCUCCACGGGAUCGGGCGUGGCACAGAUAAUUGAACAGCAUGGAAAAAUCGAACAUUUAUUUCUUAUAUGUUAUACAUAUGUAUACACAUACGUAUCUACUUACUAUAAAAAGGUGAAGAAAAAAUAAAUCUUUUAAGUUUAAACUAACUCAUAGUACAAUCUUCUGUGCAAGUUCAACAUAUCAACUUUUUUUCAUCUUGACUCUCAUUUUCGGAGUUAGUUUGAAAGGUUCUUUUAUUUUCAAGUGUUCGUGAAAAAUCUCUGCUUGCUUAGCACACAUUUGCCUAGAGAUUGUUACACCCUCCGAUCUUAUCUGCAGAAACCACUUGGUUGGAAUGUGCUUCAUCGAGUUGUUGAAAAGUCGAUCCUUUUGUAUUGUUUGCUUGACAACUUCACAUAUUCGUGAUAAUUAUUAAGACACUUUCACCUUUCCACUUGUUUAUAAUCUCUAAUGUUUGUUCAAUUAUUGUCAAAGCAUUUUUCCUGCGUUUAGCAGAGUAGCAACUGUUCUCUAGCGCGUAACUAAAUAUUAGAUAUUCAGAUGGCAGCAGAUGUCAAGCGAAUGAUUUCCAGGGAUCCCCUAGCACUGUAGCUGUCAAUAUUGCAUUAUGUGCAUCUCUGACGUCAUAUAGAGUUUCCGUCGAGGGAUUUACGGUAACUUUUAUUUCAAUACUAGGGCAGUCUGAUAAGUACUUAGCCUUCAAAAUAGGCCUUCUCAAAUCUGGAGAAUACGUGGUAUGGAACAGCAGUUUGUAGCCCAAUUUGCCUAUGAAAAUGACGGAGGUGUGAGUCGGAGCGAUGUCAUGGUGGAAGAGUAUUUGUUCUUCCCCAACUGGGGCUGUUUUUUCUGAAAUUCGGCAUCGAAUCGAGCCAAUAAUGCGGCAUGGUAAAAUCGUCUUAUGAUCGUUUUGCCCUUUUCCAGAAAGUGGAUAUAGAUCACACCUUGUGAAUCCCAGAAAAUAGUAGCAAUCACCUCUCCGGUCAAUUGGACAGUCUUUGCCACGUUCGCGGAGUGACGUCCACUGUAUCGACUAUUCCAUGGUCUCUGGUGUAUACCAGUGGAACCAUGUUUCGCCAACGGUUAUGAAACAACCUAGAAACUCAUUUGGAUUACACUUAAACAGCAUCAGACACUGCUCUGGAAUGGUCUCAUGGUUGCGUUUAUUGUCCGGAGUUAGAAAAUGCGGCAGCCAUCGCGUCGACAGCUGUUUUAUGCCUAAAAUUUCAUGCAUGAUAUGAUCAACGACAUCUUUUAAGGUGACUACUGUCUCAGCUAUCUCACGCACCUUCAGUCGGCGGUCUACCAAUACGAGAUCGUGGAUUUUUUUCAUGUUAUCCUUAGUGGUAGCCGUUUUCGGGGCCCCUGGGAGUGACUUAUCAAAAACCGACGUGCCACCACAUUGAAACUCGUUAAACCAAUUUUUGACAAUUUUAAUCGAAGAAGAAGAGUCGCCGUUUACAUCAUUUAAGCGCUUUUGAUUUACAACUACGAGUGCGAUUUGGCUGAUAUUUUGGCAUAGGCCGUCUACAAGAAUGUAUUACACAAUUGUAAAUUUCUCUUGCGACAGUGGCGCCAUCGAACGGAGAGGCUAAGUACUUAUCGGACCACCCACGUGCAACCUCAAUUGGAGUAAUGCAAAAUCAUAGCAUGGAUAAUCAUAGGCGUAACUAGGGGCGGUUUUGGGGGUUAUAACCCACCCCCAUUUGGAUGUAUUUUUAAGUCUAUACGUUUAACACCAUUACUAUUCCAUACCCCCCAGAAACCAUCAAGUAGUUGUAACCCCCCCCCCUUAGGAUCAUCCUGGUUACACCUCUGUGGAUAAUACGCAACCCGGAUAAUCCGCGCACGGAUAAUCGCGGUUCUACUGUAUUCGUAAUUUCAAAAUUUUACACUUCUUAGGUUAACCAAUUAAUGCAGUUUUUUUUUUUUCAAAAAGACCGGCCAAAAAAAAUCAAUUUGUUUUUAAUGAAAAAAGUGAUCCUAGUGCGCAGAUCAGCCCAACGAGUACCUGCGUUUAUCCGAUUACUGAAAUGAUCGUCACGAAACUGUCAUUGGACGAUAACACUUUUUAUUGGAACAAUCGGAAGGACGAUGGGAUCAACGAUCAUCUUUUUGUUGGAACGUAGGUAUUUUGUUUACUGCGCAGGAGCAUGAUCGUUACAUGACUGUUUUUGCCGGUGCGGCGAAAAAAUAAUGCCGGUUUGCUCUAUAAACAUAUGUCCGCAAAUGCUUCGUUUCCGAGAUACGGGUGUUGAAAUUUUUAUUUCAAACUGCCAAUUUAUUUCUUGCUUUAAGACCAGUUGGGCUAUGAAAAUGAAAUUUGGUGAGUUUUAGGAUGUAGUUAUUGCGCAUUCUUUUGACAUACAACUAAGAAUUUUGUAUUCAUACAGAAGUAAAAACUUCAAGUUGUAUACUGGUAUAAAAUGGUUUAUUAAAAAACUUCAUAAAAAGUCGUGCAAAACGUUUUCGUUCUAAUUCAGAACAUCUUCAGUGCAAUCUGCUAAGUAGUUGAAACUAGCACACUAAUUAAAGUGGUAACAUCAUAAUAUAUGGUUUACAUGAUAGAUUUAAAGAAAAUAUGGUGAAUACCAGUCGAUGUUAAAGGAUUAAAUUAGUACAUGCUUAAAGGGCAACAUGCUUCCCUGCUCGAAAAACUAGGUACUUGCCAGUUCAAUGAGCACAGACCAUGCACCAUUUUUGAUAAAAAACCUUUCUUGCCUUUUUUUCAUAUGGUGCACCGUUUUAAUGCAGAAAAAUAAAACAUCUUGACGCGUAUUUUUCAUUUCCUAAUAUAUUAUCAAGAACUAUUCAAUAUAAUAAUACUAAACUAGAACAAUAACAGAAAAUAUUACUAAUAAGAUUUUAACUAGGUGCAAAGCUGCAAGAAAUGUUUAAAAUGAUCUCCUUUACAGGUAACAUAAGAAUUUUAUAUUCAUCAUUGGCGCGCGUACGGGCAAUGGUCUGAAUUUCUUUUAAGAAAAAAAUAGUAAGCCACUGAGAUAUGUCAAAUUAAAAAUCAUUUUUGAAUUGCUGGUUCAAUUUACGACAGAAAAUAUUUUUGCAUUUUUUUUCAUACGAGGCGCCGUUUUUAUAGAAAAAAAAAUAAAAUAUCUUAACGCUUACACAGUAUUUGAGGUAGUGUCCAUAUGCCAACUUAGCUCAAAUACUUUGUAAACGCUAAAAUGCUUUAUUUUUUUUUUAUAUAAAAACGGCGCCGCAUAUGAAAAAAAGGCAAGAAAGAUUUUCUGUCGUAAAUUGAACCAGCAAUUCAAAAAUGAUUUUUAAUUUGACAUAUCUCAGUGGCUUACUAUUUUUUCUUAAAAUAAAUUCAGACCAUUGCCCGUACGCGCGCCAAUGAUGAAUAUAAAAUUCUUCUGUAACCUCUAAAGGAGGUCAUUUUUAACAUUUGUUGUAGCUCUGUACCUAGUUAAAAUCUUAUUAGUAAUAUUUUGUGUUAUUAUUCCAGUUUAGUAUUAUUAUAUUGGAUAUUUCUUGAUAAUUUAUUAAAAAGUGAAAAAUACGCGUCAAGAUGUUUUAUUUCUCUGCAUAAAAACGUUGCACCAUAUGAAAAAAAGGCAAGAAAGGUUUUUUAUCGUAAAUUAGACGUGGAAUUAAAAAUAAGUUUUAAUUCGAAAUAUCUCAGUGGCGUACGAUUUUGUCUUUAAAAAAAUUCAGACCAUUACCCGUAGGCGCGCCAAUGAUGAAUACAAAAUUCUUAAUUGUAUGUCAAAAAUGCACAAUAACUACCCCUUAAAACACACCAAAUUUCAUUUUCAUAGCUUAACCGGUCUUAGAGCAAUAAAUAAUUAGUCCUUAAAGUUUUUCAUACUUAUUUACUAACACCAUGUAUAUUGAAAAAUGAACGAAUCAGAAUAUGAAUAUGCACAUUUGUCGGAAAGCGGCUCACAAGGAAGAGAUUAGUCGUAAGUGAUAGGUAGAAAAAGGAUAUAUUUUUUUUGAUUUCACAUUGUUAUUUUCAAUUCUCGAUUGCAUUCGAGUGUGAAAAAUUAUAGCAACAUAAAAUACAACGCUGCUCGAAUUAUCUCGAGUGUGCACAGUUUAGACCGUUUAGCGUGCUCGAGUUAACUCGAGUGUGUACGUUAAGGGGUUAAACAUCUAUAGAUGUUGCAUUAUACAUUGAGUUCAAUGUUGUUUUUAAUUAUAUAGGAACCGUGUCAAACAUUUUAUUACCGUUUUCACCUUGUACUGUGAAAACUUACCACUAUUGUAGCUACUUUCCAUUUGAAACAAAAUUGUGAUUUUUUCUAAAUAUUUAUUCAUGAUUUUUUUUGCAAAGAUAACUAAUAUGAUGUUAAAGGUACAUUCUCUUGUUUGAUCGGAAUCACUUGGCUAUAACCUUUUUUUCUUUGAAUUGACUAGAAUUUGAAGCACUGUUUGGUCUGUGAAUUCACUGUCAAGAAUAAAUCAAAAAAUGUGUUAUUUUAUUUUUAUUUAUUGACUAUUUAAUAGCUACUAGGAAUUGCCUUUUGUUAUUAAUUCAAACUUUUCCCAAAAUAGGUUUGUCAAUCAGGCGAAACUCAAAGAGAGUUUAUGAUUCUUAUUUUUUAUAAUUUUAUGUUGCUGUGUCUAAUUAUCUGCUUCAUUAAUACCUUUGAUCAUUAAGCUUAUUUUCAUUGAGAUCAUCUUAUUGGCUACUUUAUAGUCUAAGAUGCGAUAUAAGGUCGAUUUGCACCGAUCUGUUUAAUGGAUAAAAAUUAUUAAAUAUGUAAUUUAGCAUGUUAACAAUUACAAAAAACAAGGGUUGCCCGAUCUAAUCUUGUUCUAACUAUAAUUAUUUCGACCCUGGCAGAUAUUAUUUCAGAUUUUUUAGGUCAUUCUAAACAAAAAAGGUAUUUUGUAAUUUUUCUUUAAAGUUGAUCGUUUUCUAGUUAUAAACAAUUUAAAACUGAAAAAAGAACGAAAGGUGACGAUUUUCAAGGCUCAAAAACAUAAGUAUAAAAUAUCGUUUUUGAAAUUACGAAGUACCUAAAUUCAAGUUCAAACCUUAUUCUAUCAGUUCUUGAUAAGUCUUUUGGAUCUAUUUCAUUCUGAAACAUUGUUUUUUAGUUGUUAAUGCCCGUCUCUCCAUAAGGAACCUUCCCUCAUUAGCAAUUAAAAAAAUAUGUUUUAGAAUAAAACAUGGCUAAAAUUCUUAUAGAGACCUGAUAGAAAAAGGUUUGAACUUGUGAUUACAAAAAUAAUAUUUUUUACUUGUGUUUUUGAGCCCUGAAAAUUGUCAUCUUUCGUUGUUUUUUCAGUUUUAAAUUGUUUAUAACUCGAAAACGAUCAAAUUUAGAGAAAAAUUACAAAAGACCUUUUUUGUUUAGAAUGACCCAAAAAAUAUGAUACAAUAUCUGCCCGGGUGGAUUUUUUUUAUUCAUAAAAAAUGUCAUUUUUUAAUUAUUAAUUAAUAAUAGUUAGAACAAGAUUAGAUCGGGCAACCCUUGUUUUUUUAAUUGUUAACAUGGUAAAUUACAUAUCCAAUAAUUUUUAUUCAUUAAACAGAUCGCUGCAAAUCGACCUUAUAUCGACUAUUAGUAAACCAUUAAAACAUCAGAAAAAUCUUUUAAAUCUAAUAACAUGGUAAAUGCAUACUUUUACAUUCUACAUUAUUGUAUUACUUACAUAGCUAUUUUGGGAUCUGUAACCAAAUCUGAUCGCGUAUAUUGUCUUGGUCUAAUCUAAAAUAUCUCAACUUACUCUGCAGAUAUUCCCAUUCCCAUCAUACUACAAACUUAUGUAGGACCGCCUAAUUUGAAAUAGUAGGACACGUAGAGAUGGGUUCAGAUAUUUCUGAAUAGUAUCAAGUUAUUGAAAACAAAACAUGUCUAUCGUAUAUACCUGUUACUCUAUUUUAUCUAUUUAAAGAUAAAAGAAGAGACUAAAAUUGAAAUAUUUUACUGAGUGAUUUUAUUUUUUCUGUAUACAAGAAAAGACCAAAUCAAAAUCUUUAUUGUCUAUAUUUUUCGUAACAAUAAAUUUGUAUAUUUUGAUUAGAAUUUAUUUAGAACUGAAGAUAUCUAUUUAAAAAUCUAAUUAGUACAUUACUAUGUACAUCAUAUGCGUUGUUAACAAGUCGUGUUAGAUAUUAAAGAUAUAUUGGAAGUAGAUAAUAUGAUUAGUACAUAUUAAAAUUAAAGGUAGUAGAUGUUUUUAACAGAGUAGCCUGAGAAAACACAGUGGUAAGAAUGAUAAUUUGUUGUUUAUGUUGUGCAUGAUGUAAAGCUUUUUUAUAUAGGACAACAGUGAUAUUAAAGUAAAAAUAAGUUCCUGCUGAA